GUGGCGUUUAGCUCUACUAGUAGUACUAUAUCCAUGUUCAUUGUGGGUUCAAAAUAUAUAUCAUGCUCUGUCGGGGAAAUGCAAAUGCCGCUUAGUAAACUCUCAGACCAUGAAUGAAAUCAGUAUAUUUCGCGCUGGGCUAUUUUCUGGUACAUAUUUCUACCUACUUGAUUCUAGAUCCCUAUCACAUAGUCUGGUGGUGGUGCUGGUGGCGGCUAUUCUGCCCCAUAGUGCAGCCUCUAUCGUAUAUAGCCUUUAUUAUCAGGCUGUAUGGUGAGACAUGUGAUCCAUUUGGGAGAUUGCUCAUUUUCUUUCAUCACGAACUUACCAUCGAGCUGAACAUCUCAACAGAAGUGGGAUACAUCCCACAUACCCAGUUUCGUAAAGCACGCUGCAGCUCAUCCAUACUCCAGCGUAUAACCCCCCUAAGACCAGAGGAUCACCAAUCCCCAUAGACCCAUAACUCCCUGUUAGCAGACUAGUACUUAGGUAUGUGCACUACAGGCAGUAGGCACGCCCUACCCUGAAACUAUGCCAUAGAGUCAAUCAUGUUUAUCCCCCUAUUCACCACCCCACUAUCAA